GAUCACCAAAUCAAACAAAUACCCAUAAUAAAAUGACUGCUCUCAACAGCUCUGUCCAGCACCAAGAAGUCUCUUCGGACUUGCCUUUUGGAACUCUACCUCCAAGAAAGCGUGCCAAGACCGAAGAGGAGAAAGAGCAAAGAAGAGUUGAAAGAAUCUUGAGAAACAGAAGGGCAGCUCACGCGUCUAGAGAAAAGAAGAGAAGACAUGUUGAGUACCUGGAAAACUAUGUGACUGAUCUGGAGUCUGCGCUGGCCACACAUGAGGGCAAUUAUCGGAAGAUGGCCAAAAUUCAAUCGAGCCUGAUAUCUCUGUUGUCUGAACAUGGAAUCGAUUACUCGUCUGUGGAUUUAGCUGUUGAACCAUGUCCUAAAGUUGAAAGACCGGAAGGUUUGGAGUUGACUGGUUCAAUUCCAGUGAAAAAACAGAAAAUCGCCUCGGCGAAAUCGCCCAAAUCGUUAUCGAGAAAAUCGAAGUCGGAAAUCCCAUCACCAAGUUUUGAUGAGAAUAUUUUUUCUGAGGAGGAAAACGAACAUGACGAUGGUAUUGAGGAAUACGGGAAAGCAGGACAAGAAGCAACCGAGGCUCCAUCCUUGUCUCACAACCGCAAAAGAAAGGCGCAAGAUGCUUAUAUCUCGCCUCCGGGCUCCACCUCCCCAUCCAAGUUGAAACUUGAAGAAGACGAAAGGAUCUCCAAACAUGAAUACAGUAACUUGUUUGAUGACACCGAUGACAUUUUCCCGUCGGAGAAGUCAUCAAGUCUCGAGCUGUAUAAACAGGAUGAUCUGACCAUGGCAUCAUUUGUGAAACAAGAAGAGGAAGAAAUGGUGCCAUUCGUGAAACAGGAAGACGAGUUCAAGUUUCCUGAUUCGGGUUUCAACGCUGACGAUUGUCAUCUUAUUCAAGUGGAAGACCUCUGCUCUUUUAAUAGCGUGCAUCAUCCAGCAGUGAUGAUUGUAAAGUUAUGAAAGACUCAAAUGUUUGAAGCGAUUCAGUGGAAGCAACUUGAAAUGAGACUGGUUUUUUGGGUAUUUGUUUGACAGUCUCAUCUCAAGUAUGGGUAUGAGUUAUUUGGUUAUCUUGUGCUCUGCUUCUACUCGCUUUAAUUGUUAAGUUGGUCAGCAGCACCAUUAACAGCAGAGAGUAUCGACAACCACUUUGAAUUUGACGACUAUUUGUCUUGAACAGUGAAUCGAAGUGUAUUUUUAGGGAUUAUGGGAGUUGGGUUGCUUUUUACGGAUUAAUUCCAGGACUAUGAUGGGGCUUUUAUUCUCGGGACGUUUGCACUACAUGUCAUCUACAAGUCUCCACUAGACGCGAUUCAAUGUGGCGCGCUCACGUGUGAAGCUGCGACUGGUUUCUGCGCUAUGGAUGCUGACUAGAAGGCAGGUAGGGUGAUCUUCUGAUUAUAGAAGAACUAUCCUAGCUUUUGGAAUCUUGUGUUGUGUUUCAAUCAAUAGGAGUUUUUUCUUAGUAAAUAUAGCAUUGUCAUUUUAUGACAUUUCCAG